AUGUGGAUCUUAGCUGCUGUCAUAGUGCUGCAAGCAGCUAAAGCCCGUGGAGAGCGGUUCCGUGCAGUUCGAACGGCAGAUCGCAGUGAAAGUGGCGGAGUUACUUUGAAACAGCUCGCUAUUCCUUCGCUACGAUUCCUUGGAGGCGGCGACGACGACAACGACAACGACGACGACGAUGAUGAUGAUGAUGAUGAUGAUGACUGCUAA